AUGACUGACCUCGAAGCAGCACAAUAUGCUGCAAAGUAUGCUAUGAAAAAGCUGCGCCUGUCUAAGAAUGAGUGGAGCAAUAAGUAUUUUGCCAUCGCUAUCGGCACAAUUAUGGUUCUUUUUGCUGUAUAUCACUGGUCGAGUGUCAUUCACUUUUAUCAUGGUCGAAGGAGGAGUCAUCCUACAUUGACUCGGAAGUAUAGACAAAUUCGAUGCUUUCUCUCUACCUCAACGAUGGGAUUAAGGACAGAUCGGUCUAUUCUGUAUAUCAUCUACUGGUCUAUCAACUUGAUUCUCGCUUUAACCAAUGUUAACCUUACGAGUAUUGUCUCUGUUGCCAAACGAUUUGGCUGGAUUUCAAUCGCAAACUUGGUGCUUUUGGUCUUUUUAGCCUUGAAGAAUACGCCUCUCGCACCCUUGACAGCCACAUCCUACGAAAAGCUCCGCCCGCUACACAAGGUUGCCGGUUACACCUGCAUAUUCACAAGCGUCUUGCAUGGUAUAGUGUACCUAGCUGCCUGGUCGGAGAGUGGGGACCUAUUCGAAAUGAAGGAAACCAGCAAUUUUGCCGGCGCAAUUGCAGGCUUUGCCAUGGUAAUCAUUGGCUUUUCAACUGUCACAUACUUCAUGCGAGGAUAUUAUGAACUCUUCUAUAUGCUGCACAUCCUCAUGUUCAUUUUGAUUAUGAUCACAGUCGGGAUGCACCGUCCGAAGUUCAAGACCUCAUCGGUGAUUAUCGUGAUUUUCACUGCCUCUCUAUGGGCCAUGGACCGCAUCAUUCGCGGCGCAAAGAUAGUCUGGAACUUCUUCGGAAAUUCCCUCACUGUCACGGCUUUGCCCGACAAUGCCCUUCGCGUGAAACUUAGCCGUCGCAUGCACUGCCGUCCAGGUUCCCAUGCAUUCCUAUGGGUUCCUUCCAUCCGCUGGAUUGAAAGCCAUCCGUUCACCCUAGUAUCUUCAAACCCGUCCGAGUUCGUUAUUCGAGUGUACGAUGGCUUUACCCAGGAUUUAUACAAAGCUGCCCAGAAGUCCCCGGGGAGAUCUCUACGCUGUUCUGUAGACGGUGCAUAUGGCCAAGUCCCUAACUUUAGAGUGUUUGACAAGGUCGUUCUUGUCGCCGGUGGCAGCGGUGCUAGCUUCACAUUCGCUAUUGCACUAGACCUGAUCGCUACAUCUGACAAGGUGGUGAAGUCGAUUGAUUUUAUUUGGGUGGUGAGACAUCACGAGAGCCUUGAAUGGUAUGCCCAAGAGCUCAAACAACUUCAGUCUCAUCCAGAAGUGAAUUUGGUCAUUCACGUCACCCGUCAGGCUGGUUUGUCCGGCACAUCGCCAUCACUAUCCACAUCCCCAGGUUCUUCAUCAGAAAAAGUAUCUGAACAGAAGGAUGUAACGAUAAUAGACGAAUCUCUAGCCUUUUCAGCAAAUGACCCCGAGAAAAGCGCCGGGCAACAGUCCACAGGCAAUACUCCUUCCAUCAAUGGGAUCUUGCCAGGGCGCCCGCAUGUUGGAAAUUUGAUCGCAGCCGCAGCCGCGACCUCUGGAAGCGAUACAUCAGACGACCGCAUCAUUGUUGGUGCUUGUGGUCCCAGUGAGCUUCUGAGUAUGACACGGAAGGCUGUCACAAAUGAAUUGAAUAAUGAUGGAUUAUCGAUAACACUAUACACUGAGGAAUUUGAAUGGUGA